AGCGGUUUUCCUGCUGGCUGUUUCGCUCGCUCGCUGAAGCCAUUUUGGACUCAGUUCAGUUCUGUGUGCGGUAGAAUCGUAGCACGUCCAGCCGUUCUCACACUGCACGGGCUAAAGAUCCACGCGUGGAGAGAUUGUGCGUGAUAAUCCGUGCGGUUUAAUGCUGGAAUCCACACGUCAGGCGUUUGGAUGGGAAUAUCCGCUUUUCCCGAUGGAUUUUCCAUGUGUUAAAGUUUGAUCAGAGGAGUGGACAUCAGGCCGACGGUCACUCACUCGCGUGCGUGCGUGCGUGCGUGCGUGUAUGUGUGUGUGUCUGUGUUUGCAUGCAUGCAUGUACGUACGUGUGUUUGUCGUUUUAAAUGUUUGCGAGGCAGAAGAGACUGAACGGGAGAACAUCUGGAGUGUUUCUGAGGAUUUAGAGGAAUAUGUUCGCUUCCCGGAUCACUUUUGCACUUCUUCUGGGAACUUUGUGUGCAGGACCCAGUCAUGGCGAGGUGGAGACCCGUGAAUGUUUGUACUUUAACAUCAACUGGGAGAUUGAGAAGACGAACCGCAGCGGUGUGGAGCGAUGUGAGGACGAGAAGGACAAACGCUCUCACUGUUACGCCUCAUGGAGGAAUAACUCGGGCAGUAUUGAGCUGGUGAAGAAGGGAUGCUGGCUGGAUGACUUCAACUGCUACGACAGACAGGAUUGUGUGGCCACGGAGGAAAACCCUCAGGUGUUCUUCUGCUGCUGUGAGGGAAACUUCUGCAAUGAGCGCUUCACACACCUGCCCGACGUCACCGAUGGACCAGAAAUCGAGGCUCCUCCAGUCAUGCCGUUUCUGUUGAAUGUUCUGGUGCAUUCUCUGCUGCCCAUCACAAUGCUCUCCACGGCUCUGCUGCUGGCCUUCUGGAUGUAUCGCCACCGCAAGCCACCCUACGGACAUGUGGAUAUCAAUGAGGAUCCCGGUCUGACUCCACCGUCACCGGUCGUGGGAUUGAAACCUCUGCAGUUGCUGGAGAUUAAAGCCAGGGGGCGCUUCGGCUGCGUGUGGAAGGCUCAGAUGAUGAAUGAAUAUGUAGCAGUGAAGAUAUUCCCCAUUCAGGACAAGCAGUCGUGGCAGAACGAGCGAGACAUCUUCUCCACGCCGGGCAUGAAACACGAAAACCUUCUCUGCUACAUCGGCGCUGAGAGACGCGGUUCAAACCUGGAGACGGAGUUCUGGCUGAUCACAGAGUUUCACGAGAGGGGUUCUCUGACGGACUACCUGAAGGGAAACGUGGUGAGCUGGAACGAUCUGUGUCGUAUUGCCGAGACGAUGGCGUGUGGUCUGGCGUACCUUCACGAAGACGUGCUGCGGUUUAAAGAGGGUCCGAAACCUGCCAUAGCCCACAGAGACAUCAAGAGUAAAAAUGUGAUGUUGAAGACAGAUCUCACAGCGGUCAUUGGUGAUUUUGGUCUGGCGGUUCGCUUUGAACCUGGCGUACCUCCAGGAGACACACACGGUCAGGUGGGCACGCGCCGGUACAUGGCGCCAGAGGUGCUGGAGGGUGCCAUCAACUUCCAGCGGGAUGCGUUUCUGAGGAUAGACAUGUACGCCAUGGGUCUGGUGCUCUGGGAGCUGGUGUCUCGCUGCAAAGCCGCUGACGGUCCUGUAGACGAGUACAUGUUGCCGUUUGAGGAGGAGAUCGGGCAGCAUCCGUCGCUGGAGGACCUUCAGGAGGUGGUGGUCCAUAAGAAGAUGCGGCCGGUGUUUAAAGACUCCUGGUUGAAGCAUUCCGGCCUGGCGCAGAUGUGCGAGACGAUCGAGGAGUGCUGGGAUCACGACGCAGAGGCCAGACUUUCGGCCGGUUGCGUGGAGGAGCGAAUCUCUCAGAUACGCCGCGUGACCAGCGGCACUACCUCAGACUGCCUGGUUUCCAUGGUGACGUCGGUCACCAACGUGGACCUGCCACCCAAAGAGUCCAGUAUCUGAUUCACGACCCUCGUCUUUCCAAACUCAGUGAAUCGCAACAACACCAAUGCAGCUGCUAUUUUAUCCGAACAUUUUUCAACUUGAUUCUUAUGAUUACUCUUGGUUUUCUUUUCUCUACCAGCACACUUCUCGACUGCAUUUUUAGCAUUAGAGCAAACACAGGAGAUUUUUAUUCAAAAUACAAACGGAGAGAGGACGUCUCGACGCGCAUUCAGGUGCCGACAAAUGAAUGCAGGCCGUGCAGGUACCUCAACAUUUCACUUCGUCGGAUUCCCCCCCCCCCGUGUCGUUCUGUCGCUGGACACCAUCGCCGGUGAUAACCACGGUUGCAUCAUCAGAUGGGAUUUUAACACUGCUGCAAACCCGCGAGGAUCAUUAAGACUGUUACACGCGCAAUUGAACUUCCUCGUGGGAUUCACCUUUUUACUUUCACUUUCCGACAGUGCGUGCUAUUCAAAAUGACGAAAUCGUGUCUUUUACGGAACUAACGGGUGUCGGAGAACACGGAAAAAGACGACUGGACUGAAUUUCUUUCCUUGGUUUCUUUUUUGGUGACUGUGAAAUAAGUUUGGCUGGAAAUUUUCUCGAGUGGAUUUGCCUGAAAUCUCUGCGCGAUGAUCAUCAGAGAUGAUGAGAACAUUUAGUUUGGUACGGAAAUCUUACUCAGGUAUCUCGUGUCACGGGGUUGUGGGUCCAUGACUGCCUUUCCCACAUCAUCACUAGGACAGAAAUAUUAUGGUGCCCUCAGAAUUUGAACACUAAAUAUCAAAACAAUACAUGCAAGACCAUGAUGUGUGUGUGUGUGUGUGUGUGUGUGUGCGUGCGUGCGUGCGUGCGUGCGCGUGCUCAAGUGUGUGUGGUGGUAAAAGCUGAUGAAAUGGUUUGGCUGGUGUGGUUGUGAAAACAGAAAUGUUUGUUUUGUUUCUGUCUGUAAUCUCUUGUAAAUAAUGUCACGUGUUUUAGAUAUUUGCUUCAGUCUGUCUCUGUGCGUGCGUGCGUGUGUUUGUGAAAACAACUCAUCGUUCACCUCAAAAUCAAAAGGAAAUAAGAAAAUGUAUUUUGCAUCAAUUAAGAGUUUCACAUGUACUUAUUUCAUCAAUGUUUAUAAAUAUCAUGUUUUAUUUGCUAGUAAUUGCCAUUUCAUUCAUAUUACUAUAAGAUAUUGCAAAGAUUGAAUUUUUUCAUCAGCAUAAAUGAAAUGGUACAACAAAUAUGAACAGAAUUUCUUACUUUCUUUUGAUUUGGUGAAGAUGUGGGCAUGUUUUCGUGAGAUUCACGCAGAAAGCGUUUGGAUUUGUGUCAGGUCCCUACAUGUAUUACCUCUUCUAACAGGGACCAAAUUUGACUUUAACAUCCUGCAAUAUUGACACGGAUUCAUGGGCUAAAAACUUCGACUUUGAUCACGUGAAGAAAAAGAAACGAUGAAUGCAGAAUAUUUAUUUUGUCUUAAAAGUGGUAGAUUGUAAUCUGCGUUUCCAUGCCAUAAUUCAAGCGAGAAUUUCCACAGUGCUGCUGUUUGGGUGGUGAUAUAUUCUGGUUUCUCCUCAGUAAACAUCAUCCUCAGAUGCGAUCGCGCCUCACCAGAAACGAAAAGGCUUCCGAGACGAAAGAGCGCAACAUUAAACAAUAACAUUUGUUGUAAAAGGACAAAAAAAAAAAGUGAAAGAUGUUGUUCAUGAACCACAGACCACCUCAGACCAGAAAUACCUCAGAUUUUCUAAGUGUAUGACUUCUGUUAUAUAUUUUGUUAGUUGUGUUGUAGUAAGUAUAUUUUGGUGUAAGCUGGAUUUUAUGAUAGGGAAGACGUUUAAAAAAGAUGAAAAGAAAACGAUGUUUGAAGAAGUGCUACCAUGUCGUGUUGUAUAAAUGAGAGAAGCCCAUGAUGUAAAUAGCUGUAUACAGUUGUAGAAUUCUGCCGAUGUGAUAGCGGGCAUUGCUCUUCAUUUCAGCUGAGCUAUCUUCCUACACGCUUCUCUUGCGUCUUUUACUUCAGGGGACAUUGAACCUUAAAUGUUUGGCGCUUCUUCCAAAAACUCAAACGCCCCAUUUUUACUUGCACAAUUUUGUACGAAACCCUCCGACGGGGGACGAAUUGUUUGAAAGCAGACUUAAGAAUGAACUGCGAUGCGACUUCGCUCAAAGCGCCCUUACCAAAUUACCUUCGCCCCAAAUGCACGAUUGAAAAAAAAAAACAAAGUUCAAACGGAGUGAGCUUUCAUUACAGGGCCAAAUAAAGGUUUGGUGUCCCUACAGUGCCAUUUCACUCUCUGUACCCAUGAUGCACUGCAGCGGUUGCUUCUUGAGCUUUAAGUUCUCUUUAAUGGUGCCAUAUAUCAGGAGUGAGACUGAAGGUCAGAAUGUUGGCGAGCUAUUUUUGUUCUCUUGCUCCAGUGUGAUUUCACUUCGGUGACGUGGUGAGCCUUGUUUUGCUUUUCGGGAGUACCGUAUGUUCCGCUUUGCAUCUCAGACAUUGAGACUUUCAGGAAACUGCAUUUUCUUCAGGUUACCGUGGUACUGAUGCCACUUUAUCAAGUAGGAAAGUUUGGAUGAUUCUGCAAACGAAGAGUUUCCAAUUGGCUCAGAUGAUGUAGCAAGCAAUAUCUCCAGCAAUAGUUUGUGCGUUCUCUCUGUAGAACCUCUGGGCAUUGAUAUAAACUUUCAGGCGAUCUACCAAAAGGAUUUGAACGGUUGAUUGCUGUUUGAUAACAUGGAUGGAAACCGGCUGUCAUGUUUCACUGAACUGACCUCCUUGUUUUUAUCAAAUAGCAUGCGAUAUGUAGCCAAAUUCCUUGCAUUGCUACAUCUGCAAGUUUAUAACCAAAGGGUUUUCUUCUUUUCUUUUCUUUUACAUUCAAAAUACAUUUGUCUGUCUGUCUACGUUUUAUUAUCGUUCAGAUUUCGCACCGCUGACUUACAGAUGCACAGAAAUGGAAAUGAAAGUGGUUCGUUUUUGACUAGCUGUUUUCAUUGGACUGUGUGCUGUAAGCGUGUUUAAUUGGAUUGACCAGCGAGAGCUCGUUUUUGGAUCACGAGAGACGUGAUUUAUGCAAUACACUUCAACACUUCAUUAUAUGCACUAAAACACUCAGUAUUUCUUAAGUAUCCUCGACAUCUUCAGCCAUAUUUGAACCCGAGUAAAGAAAUGAUAUUUCGCAGCCUUUGGACCGAGUUUGACUAUUAAUACAAAGCAAAACCACGAACAGCAUCUUUAAAUUUGGAAAUACAUAUCUUUCUCAGGGUCACGAAUGUGACAAAAUCCUUGAAGUAUGACCUGGAGAUUUUCUGGACAGAUUCUGUGAGAUACGUUUGUCUUUGCUGUUUUUCAGUCUCACGCUCGGUGGUGUUUGAUUUGAGGCUUACCUGCUGGUUUAUGAGUGCAAAGAUGUUUUCACAUUUCACAUCAGGAGCCUUUAGAAAGAUUCUGAUGUGCCUGUUUGUGUGAAUACUGAAGCAACCGCUGUUGUGCUGGCGUCACAUUCUCUUCCUCCGCCUCUCACCUUCUCUUAUACCUUGCAGAAAAAGCUAUAAAAAAUAUACAGUAUAUAUGAAAAAGUAUCUAUGUAUGUAUAAAACUCUAAAGUGACCAGCUGUAACUCUGGAUACAAUCUUUGGUCCGGAUUUUCAGGAAGCCGAUACCUCAGAACUCGCGUGAAACAGUGUUGCCUAGCUGGAUUGUUGUGACUGUACACUCAUUCAUAACACGAACCACCAACCUCUUUUAUACUGACGUGACAUGUAUGAUGACAGCUACACAACCUCUCUCCUCUCGCGCUCUCGGACUGCAGCUGCUGAAAACGAAAUGGUGAUUUUAGUCUGUUUGGUCGAGAAAACUGAACUCAAGUCUCGACGGUUGAUGUCAGGAGUUGCGUGGAUAAAUAAAGGCUCACAGUAAUGUACGAGCAAGUACUGCUCGGUAAAUCUUGAGAUUUGGCUGGUCGUCAUUGGAAUCUUCAAGUCAACCCAUAAAUAAAUGCGUAAGGUGCUUGAGAAGCGACACGCACGAGAUGAGAGAGGUUUUCUCGGAUGCCUUGUCAAGGGGUGAUCUUUCAAAUGCUGUUUCUUUACCAGAAUAUGUGAAAUGUACAUGAUGUUGUAGGUUAUCUUUCACUACUGUAGCUGAACACACAUGACUUGUACUACUGAUUUUAACACGAAUAUACGGAAGUCUGUAUGAGAUGAGCUUGUUGCUGUAAAAUCCCUUUUGUUGGACUGAAGAGAAUGUUAAAGUUCUACAUCUAUCAGAUGCCCGGGUCAAAUCCACAACCGUCGUAUUGCCGUAAUGAACUGAGGAUUUUCUUGAAUGAUCGUUGUAACAUAGUUCUUUAAUUUGCAGUGAACCAUUGUUCCUUUUUACUGUGGUAAUUUUAGAACUCGGCGUCCAGAUCUUGGACUAGAUUUGUCUAGUUGUUGGGAUGUGGUUGUUUCUACUCUGCAUUGGUGCCAGAAUAAACCAGUAUGAAUGUAGUAUUUGCCCAGUGUGAAACAACGACACCCUGACUGUUAGAGAAUAAAUACUAGAAAGGAUUAUUUCAACAUUAUCUUUUUGUAUAUGAAAGUAAACAAUAAAUACUGAUAAAGCAUCAUUUGAUCAUCUUGUCCUC